UAAUGUUCACCAAAUUUGGUGAAAUUCUACAGGUUGGCUGAGCAAGCUCAAAAGAUGCUGCAACGUGGAGCUAAAUUUGAAAAUAUAUCCCUCGGCGAGAGGAGACCAACGGCUCUGGUUCGUCAGUAUGGAAACUUGUACGCUCAAGCUCGGGUUGAUACUCUAGAUGCUUUGGAUGCGUUACCAGCAUUACAAGAUGCCGAUGAGUUAAAAUCAAAAAUAUUAUUUUCAGUUAUUGUUUUAGCUUUCCGAUCCGUCCAGAACAAUGUUUCAGAUAUAAAGCACAGUAUACGGUGUCUAUUGCAAGUGACAGAUGCAGAAGACGGGGGUACAGCUUUGAAAGACUUGGAGAAUGAAAUAGAUGUUUAUUUAAGGAGAAAAGCUGAUACUUUUCAUUUAUCAAGGAAUGUUAAUGAGGUUUGUUCUCAGAUCUAUGCAACUUUGUAUGACUAUCCAUGCCUAAAAACAUGUACUGGAUUAGCGAAUUACGUAAAAGACUGUGUGCGUUUAUCUUGGUGUCUAGUAAAUCAAAACCCUCCGUAUGUCAUAGACUAUGAGGCUCGCACUUUUCGGCGUGAUAUGCACGUGCGUUUCCACACUUCUUCUCAGUCAACAGAUGUCAUCAAAAGUUACUUGUGGCCUGCACUGCUUGAGGGAGAGAAUGGACCUUGUGUCCAUAAAGGUGUUAUUCUUACAUAAGGUUAAUAAUUAUUACAUUUCCAUUGCUGACUUCAUUUUCAUGAAUUUAAGCCUCCAUUCUGUGAUUUAAAAUCACUGAUGUCACUUAGCUCUUAUGUAUUUAAGUUUUAAUGCCAUGUAAUUUAUUUUUUCAUGUUCUUUCGUAACUGUUUAAAAAUGCAGUUUUGUUCAAGUUUCUCAAAUUUUUAAAAUUAGGUUUCGAUAACAAGGUAGUAUUAAUUCUUGUUAAGAUCAUUUCAUUCUAUUGUCCGAAACGUCUUUGUAAACAACUUUUUAUUUUUUUUCUUAUUUAUGAUAUCUUUUAUAUCUACAUGUACUUACAUUGUUUAUCAGUAUUUAUUACAAUAAAGAUGCAAAUGGCAAUUAAGAAAAGGUCUGAUGGCAAAGACAAUUUUCCAAAGUGUAGAUAAUUUAAUACUGAGUUUGUUCAUCCUUUUCAAUAAAAAAUUUCAAAUUUU